GUUUUCCAUGCUUAUAUCUGCGUUCAACUCUGUUUGCCUUUGAUUCUGAGCGGCUGAGGGUUUCGUGACCUGUUUGCACCCUGCCAUGCGGCCCGCUGCAGCACAGACAACAAAAGAAGCUUGCUUGGUUUCAGUGUCUCUUUUGGCUUCCCACAUUCUCCUGAUUAUAAGCCCGACCUCCCCUCCUCAUCAGCAGACUGCUUGAGGAUGUGAAAAUGCACAAUAUAAUUUCCUGAGAUCAUCUCAGAAGGAAAAAAGAAAAGAAAAGAAAAAAGGCUGUGUCUGUUCUCAGAAGUGAUGCCUCUCUUCUGGGUUCUGCUUUGGUCAGCGCUCCCUCCUCUGGCUCUGUUCUCCGGUCCAGACCGUUGUUCUGUUCAGGAGAGCAGCAGCUUACAGAACGAGUUGCUGAAAUCGUUACAGUGCUACAACGACUACUUGUCCCAUGUGGAGUGCGAGUGGAGGGAACACAGAGACACGGCGCUGCAGCUCUGGUUCAAGGCGGACAGUGGCAGGAGGCAGUGUUUGCCUCACAGUGCCUCAGUGCACGACGAGCACAGGACUGUCCGGUGUAGAUAUGAAACAAAACUUUUCGUCAUGGCCCUCAAUCACACCGUGUUCUUCCUGGAGAAUAAGACAGAAGCCCUCUGCACAUCUGGCUCCAACAAGACUCUGGAUCUCUCUCAGCACUUGCUUGGCUGUGUGUGUUUGGGUUGUACAGUGAGAGCACGCCCACCAGUUGAUCUGACCGUGCGUGAUGCAGGUGACAGAGGCCGACGGCUCAGCUGGUCCAGCCCCUACCCCUCCACCUCCUCCCUGAACAAGAACAUCACGUAUCAGCUCAGCUACAGGACAGACGGAGAGGACAUUUGGACGGUUGAGAAUGUAACAAACACCAAUAUGAAACUAGAGAAACAGCUGCUGCUCCCGGGUCGCAGGUAUGAAGCCAGGGUGAGGGCCCGGGCCAGCGUGGCCCAGUGGAGCCUCUGGAGCCCUGUGGUGACGUGGCAGACUGAAGAGGAUGCUGGGCAGAUUCCCAGAGUGCAUUGUGUGCUGGACGGAGAGAAGACGGUGAUGUGUAGCUGGGAGGUGAGCAGAGAGCUGGCUCGCCUCAUCACCUACCAGCUGUCCUGUCGACACAAGCAGUCUGCAUCGUCUGAGAGAUGCUGUGUGAACCCAACGGUCACCCCUGACCUCAGCGGGACGGUGCUGAAGUACAGCUGCUCGCUGACUGUCGCAGAUCCUGCACAUCAGCAGCUGGAACUCCGACCGACACGCAACGCCAAGAUUUUUGAGGCCUCCAAACACAUUCGUCCCAACCCACCGCUGGAUGUAAAGGUAAGGAACAAAGGCAGCAGCUGGAUCGUGGACUGGACCAAUCCAGCAAACACAUCUCCCAGGAUCCGCUUGUAUUAUCAGCUCUGCUAUUACAGGACAAAGGAGCAGAACUGUUCUACGAGAGAUUCUAUCAGGACCAUUCCACAGGGGUCCAUGUCCCUGACCAUCCUGCAAGAUGAUCUGGUCCCGUCCCAGGACUACCAGGUCAGGGUCAGGUCCCUGGUCGCCGUCGGACACGAGUCCAGCUAUGAUGGAAUCCCGUCGGACUGGACCGAUCCUGUGGACUGGAUAUCAAAUGAGGCCUCCUGGUCCAUCAACACCCUGAUCUAUUUCUCCAUCGGUGCGCUGGUGGUCACAGUCUUCCUCACGCUCUACUGCACCAUUCCUGCCUGCCAGAGGAGGGUUGUUCUGUGGGUGGACUCGGUUCCUUCUCCGGCCAAAAGCAAAAUCCUUGCUGAGAUCAAGUAUGUCGACAGACGCACCUUCAUGCAGGGCGAGAGCAUGUCCGUGUGCAAAGUGCAGCGCUUCGACAGCAUGUCGACAUGCUCCUCAGACACCUCACUGUGGCCGGCCGAGGACAGCGGGAAACAGUCUCUGAAGCAGGACGAGGGCUGCUGGAGGUGCGAUAACCAGCCGUCUCUUGCUGUGGAGGUGAAAAUCUCUGACGGGUCGUCCUUUAGCUUCAGCGGGCCGUACAUCUUCUGCCAGACAUCGGAGGCAAACAGCAACCCAGUGGAUGUCCAAUGUGAAGAGACAGAAACCCUGCCAGAUGACCCUGCAUCUCCCUCCCCUGUGAACUUCACCCUCUACGGGAAAGGUUACGUAUGUCUGCCAAGCCGCAACGUCUCCAGGUCCACACAGGAUCUCGCGUCUCACAGUGAUGCCAACGCGGACACGCUCAAGCACGGCAGCCCCGAACAGGACCAGCACCGUCCAGGUACCACGCUCUGCCCCGCUGAUGAGACGGACGUUCAGCCAGCCGUCGAUGAGCCCAGCAUCAGCCCCCGACCUCCAGAUUACAUCUCAGGACCUCUCACUGCCUGGCCUCAAGGGGGCAACACACAGGCCUCGGGGUACUGCUUCCUUCCACAGCCCACAUGAGAGCAGAAUCGAACCUGGAAAGGGAAGAGCAUGAACGAGGACGACUUCCUCAGGACCAAUAAAUCUAUUUCUAGUUUUUCUUUAUGGAUGCCCCUUUUAUGUGAAAAAUGCAAUCUGAGGUUUUUAAAACAUUCAAAAGGAUUGUUUAAGAGCCAUUUAGCUCAUCUGACCUGUUAUCAGGUUAACUGGCUGACCCAUGGAGGGCAGUAGCGAGCUGAGACUGCUAAUGCAAUGCAUGUGAAUCUAUGGGAUGGACUACAAGCAUGGCAGAUAAAUGAAGAUCAUUUACCUCCUUUGUGAAGGUUCCCACACAUCUGAAUGGCCCUGCAAGAUUUCUUAAGAACUGUGUUGAUGCGUCAUCCGCAUUGCCACUUCCUCAAAUGUGCCAUGUCUCUUACAGCUGACGUAGGAUGAUGCAAAUUGCAUUUCACAGGGGGUAAAAAGUGUGCAACUUCGCUGACUGACUGCCGUGUUCACUGUGGUCAUGUACGCACAUUUGCAUGGAUAUGUGUGAGUUAGGACCUUGUUGUCAAUGUUGUAGCCUAUGUGUUGCUGAACAUAUAUAUAUAUAUAUAUAUAUAUAUAUAUAUAGAUAUAUAUAUAUAUAUAUAUAUAUAUAUAUAUAUAUAUAUACAUAUAUAUACACACAGUAUAUUAUCUACAGUCUACGGGCUUAAACUGUGUGGCACCUGCACUGUCAAGUGCCUGCAGAGACAUUUAAAAAUUGAAUAACAGUUUUAGCUACAUUAAAUGUAUGAGACAUGUAUUUUCUUCAGGCGUGUCGUUAAUAGGACAGGUCUGUUUUUAUGUCUGUAACUGACUGCUGCACUUUUGUAUAGUCAACUUGUAAAUAGGUGUGGUUUUGUGAAUGUCAUACACACGCGCAUGAAGUCAGGCUCAGUCUGCACGCUGGCCGGCAAGCUGCACAACACACACUCAUUUUCCAGUUUAUUAGCUACACCUGUAACUGAUGCCGUCCAUCAGAACUGCCCUGCAAUAAAUCCUGCCUUCAUGAAGGUUAUGAUCAGUUGUCAUUGGAACAUUUUUUGAGAGGUGUUGAUUUAAGUGUGAGGGUGUAGCCUAAUUUGUGGCGAUGGAUUUUUUUUUGUUUGUUUGUUUUGUUUUUUGUUUUUGCUUUAUACCAGGUGUAAACCAAACGGACAGAUUUCUUUAUUAUUUUUUUGGAGCCCCAGUAACCAAUAACACACUUUUUUAGAUUUGGUAAACAAAUGAAAUUACUUGAAUGCCACAUGAUUAUCAUAGUACUGAUUCAUUUAGUUUAUUUUUUGAUAUAUUUUAAUAUUUCUUAGGUUAUCUAUUUCUGUUUUGGUGUUCAUACACUAUUGGUAAGUCAUGUUCUUACAAGAAAAAGUAUCUCUGACAUCGUCCUCUGUCCGGGCCCCCUGGUGACAACGAGGCCCUAAGCGCGUGCCUAGAAUUACCGGAAGCUUCCCCAUUCAUACUGACAGGUGUUUGUCUUAUUUUGUCCACCCUGUUUAUAUCAAUGAGAGCAGUCCAGCCAUUGAUUGGAAUAUGUCGUUUUAAAUCACACAAAUUCCACUGGAGUCCAGAGGAAAUGACAUUGAAAUGACAUUUAGAUCUGCCGAGGGUUAUUAUAUUUACUCACUACCUCAUUAGUUAUGAGUAACUAAAGUAACUGUUACAAGCUCUCACUGAAUCAAUUUUUUUUUUAUAACAGAAAACUUUUUUUUUUUGAAAAGUCAAUUAAGCUUUAAAUUUAGCUAAGACUGGCAAUCUGUGAAGUUAGCUUUCACUUGAUGUACCUGAGCAGUUUGUGAUGAAGCUCUGUAAUGCUUUUUUUUUUUUUUUUUUCGUGGUAGAGGGUGCAUGAAGUGCAACACAAGCUCGUAGGGCAACAUUUAUAUGUUAUGAUGACUGCCAUGCUGUGUUUUGACUUUGCAGGGCAGACCUGUCCCUCCUGUCUGUUUACAUCACACUUAGCAUUAGCACCGACUGUGUGUUAGCUGUCAGAGGUUAUACUGAACCCUAUCCGUCUCCUCUCGUCCCGCCCUUUCUCUCCUGUACAAUGGUAAAGGGGAGAGUCUCAGCACAUUGCAGUCACUCAUUUUCCAUAUUAAAUUGAUAGAAACAUUCUUGUACACAUAUGUAUAAUUUUAAACUUUUUAUUUCUCGCUUCUAUUGUCGAGCUGUCAAUGGUUAAGAGCAGCCCGUGUUGCCCCAUCACUGGGAGAGCUGUCAGACUAUGUUGGGUAAAUUCUAUUUUUCAAAAACCAAAACUGACUUUCUCAAUUUGGGUUCCAAAACAAACUCUUUCUCUCCUUUAUUCUGUUGAAAACAAUAUCAUUAUUUUGUUUUUCUUCACUUUUAUGGUUGAAAAAUUAAAUAAAUUGCCCUCCCCUUACAUUAUGGUCACAUGAAGUAAAUGUCAAGAGCAAAAUGACAAGAGAAAAAGCAAAUAGCACACUGUUUGAAUGUUUAAAAUGCGCCCUCUGGUGUUGGAGUUACGGCUGGUGCGACGACCAACCCGCGGGACAAGAUGCCCAGAUCUCCCCUACACACAGUAACACACACAGUAACACACACAGUAACACACACAGUAACACACACAGUAACGACCAAGGUACGUUGACAUUGAUAAUCACAAAAAAUAUCAGUUUACAAACAUACAAAUAAAUGUGGUAGCCCGAUCAGUUUCAGUUUUUUUUAUCCAUGGGGAUGGAUUUUUGUAUUUUGUCUUGUU